CAUUCUCAAAUCGAGUUAAUUACAAUCCAUUCAUCACUAUACAUGAAGUGGAUGAAACAAUGCUUUCUAGGGAAGGGAUCAUAUGGAGAAGUACACUUGGCCGUCGAACCCGCCGGAAAAAUGAAGAUUGCAGUGAAGUCCGCCGGAAUCGAGAACUCAAGUUCCCUGAGACGGGAAGGACAGUACUUAGACGCUCUCAGAGGCUGCCCCUAUAUCGUUCAAUGUUUUGGGGAAGACAUUAGCGUGGAAAAUGGAGGACACGUGUACAACCUUCUGCUAGAAUACGCUCCCGGCGGCACCCUCCGGGAUAUGAUCGAGGCUCACGGCGGAUGCAUGCCGGAGACGGAGGUUGCACGGUGCACUUAUCAGCUUCUCAGAGGUAUCCGCCACGUGCAUAGCCUAGGGUUCGUUCACUGCGACUUAAAGCCGGAAAAUGUCCUCGUCUUCCCCGCUCAAGAUGGCCGGAAUCGGCUCAAGUUGUGCGAUUUCGGGCUGGCGGAGCGGGUCGGCCGACGGAGUGAUGGUUACGGUGAUUACUUUCGCGGGACGUUACUAUACGCGCCGCCGGAAUCUUUAACCACUUGGUGGACAAUGUCACUGAGGUCGUACGAGGCGGCUAAGGAUAUCUGGGCGCUGGGUUGCAUCGUCAUCCAGAUGAUCACCGGAAAACUUAUGUGGCAAGUCGAUGAGUUAACCAUGAAAAUAUCAUUAACCAAACCGGAAAUGCCAAACCAUAUCUCCCACUUGGCCAACCAUUUCCUGGAAAAAUGUUUGCAGAUUGAACCACAAAACAGAUGGACGGCCGAGAAGCUGCUAGAUCACCCAUUUGUUAGGGGUUUUGCUGUUCUUGAAGGUGAAGAAGACGAAGGGUUUGUGAAUCCGAAAGACUAUACGCCAUUGAUUUCCUAUAAGGAUCUGUUUGGUUCAUCAUCACCGGCAUAUCCAAAAGCUCCUUUUGUUGAAUAUGUUUUGUUCCCUGAGAAAGACGACGAAGAUAAUGGAUGCCGGUUUAUGUUUCCUUGUGGGGAGGACUUGAUGAAGCAAAUUUAAGGAUUGCAACGACGUCGUUUUAUUCAUAUAUCGAUUUUUUUUAAUGCAUCAAAUAUGUAUCUAUAAAGAGAUGAGUUAGCAAAGGUCAUUAUGCACUCCUACAAAGUCGAACUUAGAGCUCAUUUUAUUACCAUAUAUAAUGGCAAAGUGCAAGAUGUAGCAAUGUCAAAUCAGACAA